AUGGGCUCUUGCCCUUUGGCCAAAAAUGGCACUCAGGAACAACAGAAGCUCCGAGCAUGGGGCUAUAUGGUAACCAGCGAUUACACGGAAGCAGCUAUAUGGGAUAGCUUACCAGGAGAGAAGGAGUACGAGGAGCUACGUGUUUUCUUUGCAGAUAGAUGGGAUCAGCCCACUAUCAACACGUGGAAGAAGAGGCGCAAGAACUACACUGGCAAGAAGCAGAAGGAGAAGAACGGGAAGCUUCUGGUUUACGCCAAGUGUUCUCCUGCAGUCCAAGCAGAGCUUGACAAGACUAGGGAGAAAGAGUGGAACAAGUGGAAGGAGUUUAGCGCCGCAGUCGUAAUCGACAAGAACCAGUUGGAAGAGCUUAUACGUGAAGGACAUCAGAUUAUUCCAACACAAUGGGUCGAGGUCGACAAGCACCACGCGCAGCGUUUAGCGGACCCCACAAUGGAGGCCAAAUACAAGUCUCGACUUGUAGUGCGUGGGGAUCUCGAGCAAGGAGACCCAAGGUCAGACAGCCCUACGGCUAGCAUAGAGGCGCAGAACCUCGUGUUCUCGUUCGCUGCCUCAAGACGUCUCAAAGUGAAGACGCUGGACGUCACUAACGCCUACUUUCAAGGCGAAGCGAUAGACAGGGUACUCCUGCUAUCACAGCCUAAGGGCGGGUUGCCAGGGCUAAAGCCCGGUGAUCACAUGCUAGCAAGAGCCCCGAUUUACGGGUCAACUGACGGCGGGCGAAGGUUCUGGAAACGUUUGAGAACGUUCCUGAAGAACAAAGGUCUUCGGGAAAACAAGAUCAUGCGCGCCUUGUACAGCUACACGGACGAGAAGGGAGUUGUACAGAUGCUCCUUACGCCCCACGUGGACGACCUGUUGUGGGCAUGUGACCAGUCGUGCGACUGGAUCAUCAAGGAAAUCAUCGACGAGUUCAAGUGUGGAACCGUCGAGAGCGACAGCUUUCGGUAUUGUGGGAAAGAGGUGAAGCAAGAUGAAGACUACAACAUCCACAUUACCUGCGGUGACACGACGAGGACGAUCAAGACCAAGAAGAUCCCAAUAGCACCGCGCCGUCGCCCCGGAGAUCCCUUAACGGACUCCGACAGGACGCAGAUGAAGUCUGUGGCAGGCUCACUUGCCUGGGUGUGCCGACAGUGUCGGCCAGAUCUCUCGUAUAGGGUUUCGCGUAUCCAGUCAGCUUCAAACAGUGGCACUGUGGCUGACAUCAAGGAGGCGAACAAGACCGUGGAGUAUGCGGUUAAGACCUAUGAGAGGGGUAUUACCUUCAGAUCCGGGUUACUGGACUGGAGUAAGCCCGGCGGUCUGAUGAGUUUAGUGAUCACAGACGCCUCGCACGCCAACGAAGAGGAAGAGCUUUUGGUGAAUGGCUCAGUGUCUGUGGAGCACCACAGGAGCCAAGGUGCGAGGAUGAUCUUCGUUGCCACACCAUCCCUUUGGGACCAAGACAAGGGAAGCGUGCAUCCAAUAGCUUGGGCUUCGAACAUAGUUCGGAGGGUGUGCAGAAGCACCAUCCAGGCGAAAGCUCACACCUUGCAGGCGGGUGUGGAAGACGGAGACGUGAUUCGCGCAGCAGUAGCUGACCUGUUUGGGGUACUGGGCCUCAAGAGAUGGGAAGCUUCAGCCGCGAAGUUCAUGAAGCAGAUCUGGUUCACAGACUGCAAAUCUCUGGAGGAGACAUUGAUGAAUCCGAAGUGUUCGAAACACUCGGACAAACGUCUCUCUAUAGAGAUAGCGUCCUUGAGACAAGAUCUCUGGAGGAAGAAAGGAGAGAAGGCUGGCGAUCCGUACGAAGAAGACCACCGUCCGAGCGACGAGUUUCUCACAGACACGGUACGUUGGAUAGAUACGGACGUAAUGGUGGCCGAUCCACUCACUAAGGUAAUGGAGCCAACCAAACUGGUUCACGUCAUGGAGACGAAGGAGCUGGACGUUAAGCAGCCAAUAGAUAGCAUCGUGAAGAAACGAGCUAAGCAACUCCAGAGAAGGAAAGGGAAUCCAACUGAAGCGGAUCCAAAGAGGACGGCUAAGUACCGAUCCUGUACGUCUCACUCUUUUCAGCCUUGCAGAGACGUGUCCCUCUACCGCACAGGGCCCUUUUUGAGUCAAGCCGGCGAAGGCAAAAUGAGACCAGUCUCGCAGCCGUCUUUUGACGCUAUCGAGAAAGCUUUCAUCACCCAGCGCGGCAACUUCUUUCACUUCUUGGAGAGCAAAGCUGCUCCCAAAUCCUCAGGGUUUGUUUCCCGAGGAAACUCCUACAAAGGGAGUCCCUACAAGGGAAAAGGCAAAGGAAAGAAGGGUUCGUUUCAGCCCAUAGCAUACCUGGCCGAUCCACAAGACCUCUUCGAGGAUUACGGAGAAGAGGAAUCCGUUUGGGAUCCUGAGAGCGAAGAGGAGUUGGUUCAAGCCGAUGACAAUGUCACGGCGUUCUUGGCUGGAUCGCUCGAAGAUGCGACCGCCGAGAACAUAGAGCUGGAUGUGAUGGAGGCUGCUUGCCAGGCAGAAGUUGUUGCUUACUUUGCCCGUUCGAAGGCAAAGGGCAAAGGUAUGCCGAUGGGUAAGCAUGCCCACGGCUACAGUCCGAGGCCCAGCGGUCUAUCGAUAGAAGACCGAAGAAAGAAACUCAAAGAGGUGAAGAGCCGUAGCACUUGUAAAGUGUGCGGCAAGAAAGGGCACUGGGCCGGAGACAGAGAAUGCCAAGGCAAAGCGACUGGAGCAUCCAGUGUUGCCAAAACUACACAUCUUUCCGCAGCUUCGCAUCUCUGUUUGAGACGCAGCUGUCCACAUUUUCACGUCGGCUCUGGCAGAGAAAGCUUUGACUCAAAACAAGAGUCACAGCACGAAGCGUUUGUGGUUAUGGAUGAUGAUCCAAGCCAUCCUGAGGCUCACCCAGGGUUCUUUAAUCCGGGAGACUUUGCGGAUGAAGACGAAAAUGAAGAGCUCGUCGAAGACGACUCUUUUGAGUUCCUCGAACCUCCUCCUGAGGGAUCGGACACCCCGUUUUCGGGCCCCACCGCUGCUUGGAGAACCUGGGCAAAGUCGCGUGCGUGCUCUCUUUGGCGCGAGAACCCGCACACUUACUGUACGGCGAGGAGAAGAAAGAGAAGAAAGGCAAAGGCCGAGGCUGGAGCAAGCGCCCUGCUGCAACUUGAGAGCCCAAGGGGAGCGUUUUUCCAGCCCCCAAUGGUGCUGAAGAAGCAGACGAAGGAGAAAACGGCAGCGUCAUCGUCGAGAGACGUGAAGAUGAGAGAUGAUGAGGAAGAGGAGCUCGAAUUCCUCGAUGACCUCACUUUCGUCGAAGACCUCAGUCUCGACGAUGGCUAUGAUCUUUCAGAUAUAGUCAACUGGGACGUGCCCGAGCUGGAGAAGAUCACCUACGUUUUUCUCCGCCGCCUCUUUGCAGCUUUCCGACCGACCGAGACUUCGGCGGUGGAUGGCAUCAUGAAGAAGUACAGCGACGAGUUGAUCGCGCUGAUGGGUUGCGUUGCCAAGAAGUACGUCGAUGGCACGUAA